GUGUGCUUUCAGCAAAUUCCACAAAUUCUUUCAACACAUGCCUGAAAACUGAAUUUUAUUAUUGAGGUUAUAUCUAAUUAAUAACAAUUUUGAAUUAUUAUCAACAAUGGCAAAGCUUUGUUUAAAAAAACCGAGCAAAAGAAUUGAAGCUCGUCAGAGAUACAAGGUAGAAAAAAAAGUUAGAGAACACAAUAAAAAAAUUAGAAAAAUAAAUAAAAAAAAGGGAAAAAAAACGUCGAAACCAUUGCUUGUACCAAAUCAGUGUCCAUUUAAAAAUCAAAUUUUAGAAGAAAUUGAGAUUAUGAAACGUGAUGAAGCAAAGCUGAUCAAAAAAUACAAGUCUAAUGAUCUGGAGGGUCUUGUAUCUUCAGCGUACAACAAACAAAUUGCACAUGAGUUAUCAUUGUUGGAAAAUAAAAAAUCAGAACUUCCAGUUAUGAGAAGAGAAGAAAAUUCAUUAAAAGCAUAUUAUAAAGAAUUUAAAAAAGUAAUAGAUUCAGCUGAUGUUAUACUUGAAGUUGUGGAUGCACGUGAUCCACUUGGUACACGUUGUAAACAUGUUGAAGAAGCUGUUAGAUCAGCAAAAGGAAAUAAAAAAUUAGUUCUUGUGUUAAAUAAAGCUGAUCUUGUACCACGUGAUAAUCUUGAUCAAUGGUUACGUUAUUUACGUGCAAGUUUACCAGCAGUUGCAUUCAAAGCAUCAACUCAGGAUCAAUCUAAAAAACUUGGACGUAAAAAAUUGGGUUUAAAAAAUGAAAAAAUGAUACAAAGUGGUACAUGUUUUGGUGCUGAAUUAUUACUAUCAUUACUUGGCAAUUAUUGUCGUAAUGGAGAUGGUGCUAAAAGUAGCAUACGUGUUGGUAUUGUUGGUUUGCCAAAUGUUGGUAAAUCAAGUAUAAUUAAUUCUUUAAAAAGAAGUAAAGCAUGUAAUGUUGGUAGUACACCUGGUGUUACCAAAGCAAUGCAAGUUGUACAAUUAGAUACAAAAGUUAAACUACUUGAUUCACCUGGUAUUGUAUUUGCUGAUAGCAAUGAGACAAAUGAAACAUCAGUUGCAUUAAAAAAUGCUGUUAAAAUACAAGCUCUUAAAGAUCCAUUUACACCAGCAACUGCAGUAUUAAGAAGAAUACCAAAACAAAAAAUAAUGGAACUUUAUGACAUAUUGGAUUUUUCAACACCUGAUGAAUUCUUUGCUAAAAAAGCAGCAAGAAUGGGAAUGUUUAAAAGAGGUGGUGUACCAGAUAGUAUGGCAGCUGCACGUGGUAUUCUUAAUGAUUGGAAUUCUGGUAAAAUCAGAUAUUGUACAGUACCACCAGAAGUUGCUGAUACACAAAUUUCAUCAACAAUUGUCAUGAAAGAUACUGAAGAAUUUGACAUUGAAAAGUUCACUGCUGAUGAAAAAAUGAUGUUGGAUGAUAUUGCAGAAGAUAAUAUUGAUACUGCAAUGAUUGGAUAAUUAAAUUAACCAAUUCAUAAUUAUUUUUAAUAUUUAUUUUUUCUUAAUUAAUGAAUAAUAAUAAUUAAAAAAAAAAAAAAAACCUUAGUUUUUGAUAGAUUAUAAUAUUUAUUUAAUUAUAAUUUUUCAAUAUAAUUAAGUUAAAAAAAAAUAAAAAAAGAUUAUUUUUCAUACAAAUGAUAAAUAUUACCAAGAUGUUUUUUAAAAUUACAUGCAUCUGUGAUGUAAAAUUUUUGUGUAAUAUUUUCUGCAUCAUUAAGUACACUUUGUACCUGUUUAUGUAAAAUUUUCAUUUGUUCAGCAAUAAAAUAAAUAUUGUU